GGAAUCCCGGGCAGCUGCCCGCGGGCAGGCCUUGCCCGUAUAAAGCGAGGGGUAUUCGCCGGGGCAACGCAGUUUGCCGCUCUCGGCACCUCCUCUCGCCCCGGCAGCUGCUCUGCUCUGCUUCCCUCCCCUCUUGCAGAUUUCUAGAAACAGGAAACACAGGGGGCAGAAAUGGCUUCCAACUACGUGGACACCACGGGGGAGGAGGGGAGGUUCCACGCCCACGGCCACCACAGCAACAGCACCACGCCGACCGGCGAGGCCGCGUCGCCCAAGAAUACGCGGAGGAGGUGGCCCGGGUCGGCAUCGGCGCCGUCCGGCGCAGGCCACAGACUCGCUUCCAAAUGCGUCUGUGCGCCGGCCACUCACGCCGGGUCCUUCAAGUGCCGCUUCCAUCGUACCAACUCCCAGGGCCACGGCCACGGCCAGGGCCAGGGAAGCCGUCCUUCUUCGCCUCCUUCACCGGCCGCGGCCAACGCGGUGCCGCGGCACCCGGCCUCGCCAUCCUCCUCCUCCGGCAUCGUCGCGACCCAGUGACGCAGCCCCAGCAUCGGUCUCAAGAAUCAAGAAUGCUCGAUGAUGAAGAGAGAAGGAAAGAUCAUAUACAUGUCAUAAGAAAGGGAGUUUAUUUACUGCUCCCUCGAUGUAUUGUGUCGAUCGGAGAACUCUUGUUUUCUCUCUCUCUCCCACCCCGUCUUUUGUUGGGAUCUCCCUUGAAUCGAAUGGACUUUCCUCUUCAUGGAAGGAAAUUAUCCUGCUUGCCUGCUUCUCCCCACCCUUCAUCUGAGAUGGACCAUAUGGGUCAGAGGAUUUCGAGUUCGUGUGGUGUUCUCUUGUGAUUAUCAUUUCAGUUAAAUCCAUGCUUCUUGCAAGAUUUAA